AUGGAAACGGUAUUAGCCUCUAGCGGCGGUACUGCCCGCGCCGAUCACCUCUGCGUGCUGGUUCACGGGCUUUGGGGCAACCCGGCGCAUAUGGCACAGGUUGCCAAAGCCCUCAGAGAUCGAUACUCACGCGACCAGCUCUAUAUAAUUGUCGCGAAACGCAACAGCGGCUCAUUCACGUACGAUGGCAUCGAGCUCGGAGGCCAGCGACUAUGCCGAGAGAUCGAAGAGGAGCUGGAGAAGAUAAAGAAGACCCAGGGCAAGAUCACAAAGAUCAGCUUCGUUGGCUACUCCAUGGGUGGUCUGGUUGCUCGCUAUGCCAUCGGCUUGCUGGAGGCAAAGGGUAUUCUCGAGAAGCUGGAAUGCAUAAACUUUACUGCAUUUGCUAGUCCAUUUUUAGGAUGUCGCACGCCGCUCAAAGGCUGGAACAACCACUUGUUCAACGUGCUAGGCGCAAGAACCCUGUCACUUUCAGGAAGGCAACUAUUCGGCAUCGACAAGUUCCGAGACACCGGCCGGCCCCUAAUAGCCGUCAUGACAGACAAAGAGUCCAUAUUCAUGUCUGGCCUGCGCAGGUUCAAGCGCCACACGCUGUACAGCAACAUUGUCAACGACCGAGCCGCAGUCUAUUACACAACCAGCAUAUCCAAGACAGAUCCGUUUGUUGACCUGGACAAGGUCAAGCUAAACUUUGUUGAGGGCUACCAAAACGUCAUUCUGGACCCGGACUGCCCCGUGACGCCGACGGAACCGGUUGCGGGGACGGCGUUCAAGGCGCUCAAGAAUGCGCCCCUCUUCCUCGCGCUGGCAGUCUUCCUGCCCAUCGGCAUUACCGCCUUCCUCAUCAACGCGGGCGUGCAGACCGCCCGCUCCUCGAAACGCCUCCGCGCUCACAAUUCUUCGGGCGACAGCAAACAGUACAGCAAGCUUCCAUUGUGGGUCAAGGGGGUCCGGGGCGCGCUCGAGGACGCCUACGAGAACCUCGCCAGCUCGCAAAGGCAAGAGUUUCUGGCCAGCGAGACGCCGUCGGACGACGAGGGUCCUGGGACUGCGGUGGACGACAGGGCCAGCACUAUGGGCGUCGAGAAGGCCGAGGACGACUCGCGACUCGCGCUGGAGCGGAAGCAGAGCCACGCUGCAACGCCAACUCUGGCCUUGGCCCCGUAUCAGUUUGCAAUGAUUGAUUCUCUGGACUCGUUGGGUUGGCACAAACAUCGCGUUUGGAUCCAGAAGAAUAAUCACAGCCAUGCCGCCAUCAUCGUAAGGAUUGCUAGGGACAGGUAUUCCGAGGGCUACCAGGUUCUCAAGCACUGGCUGGAUAAUGAGUUUCUCAUUUGA